AGAUGCCAGGGGAACAUAAGCAGGUGUUUCUCUCAUUUCUCCCAUCCUCAUUCACACAUUAAGGAUCACAGCACUGCUGUGGGGAUGGACAGACGGAGGAGAGCUACUGUAGCUCUGACACUCAAUUUUCUCUCCCUCCUCUUUUCUAUCACUGCCUUCAGCAGCAGUUACUGGUGUGAAGGGAUCCGAAAAGUCCCCAAACCUUUCUGCACAGGGAAAGCCAGGGAGAAGCAGGCUUACUGUAUUCGAUUUAACAACUCUGAAACAAACAACAGCAAUGUGGUCCAGUACACUUGGGAAACUGGAGAUGAUAAAUUUAUCGAAAGACAUUUCCAUGCUGGGAUUUGGUAUUCCUGUGAGGAGAACAUUAGCGGUGAUGGAGAGAAAUGCAGAAGCUUUAUUAACCUCACACCCCCUGCAGACAGAGGUGUGUUGUGGCUUUCUAUUGUAGCGGAAGUGUUGUACAUCACAUUGCUCCUUACAGGAGUGAGUCUAAUGUCAGUGGAAGUGUGUUAUUAUACGUCUGUUAUUGACGGGCUCAAGCUGAAUGCCUUUGCAGCCAUUUUUACUGUUUUAUCAGGAUUGCUAGGGAUGGUGGCGCACAUGAUGUAUACUACUGUGUUUCAGAUGACGGUCAAUCUAGGCCCCGAGGACUGGAGACCUCAGAAUUGGGACUACGGCUGGUCUUACUGCUUGGCGUGGGGAUCUUUUACAUGUUGUAUGGCUGCCUCCGUGACCACGAUCAACAGAUACACAAAGACUAUUCUAGAAUUCAAACAGAGGCGGCGGAAUCUGGAGAGAAGUUUACAGAAUAAACAGAAGACACUACAACAGGACGGCUCCCAGCCUGGGUGGGAUCUUUAUAUGAACACAAUACAAGGCAACAGAGAGGGUUUUGUGGAUUUAUCAGUUAGUGGGCAAAGUCCUUCAGCAUAUGGCAAUUUAAACCACUUUCCCCACACACAAUGUGAUGAGUACUGCUAGUUUUUAAUAUAUUUGGAUAUUCUUGUGAUUAUAUAUUUUUUUCUUAAUAAAAUCAUACAACAGACA